AAAUAACAAACGAUACGUCACCGUUAACAAAUUAUACUAAAUUAACUUUUACAAAGAUUUAUAAUGUGUAUAAUCUAGCUCCGUGACUUUAAUUAAGACAUGAAUUAUAAGUUAAGGUAUUUAUAUGUACCUCUUGCCUCCGAAGUGUAUUUUUCUUUUAAAAAGACAACAUGUUUUUGUAUCUUACAUCAAACCCUAUGAUUUUUAUAGCUAUCUAUGUUUUAAUAUCGGAUAUACUUCCUGUAGCAAACAGUAAUCGACCUCUUCAAAGUCCAAGGAUACCUACAAUAGUCACAACUCAGGCAUUGAAUGAAUACAUCAACAAAUAUCCAACACCUUCAAGGAAAGUCAGAAUAAUCGAAACAUCGUUUAAUUUCAAUCAAGCAAACAACUACCCACUGGAAUAUACAAGUGGACAUAUUCCUCAAGCAGUCUACUUUGACUUGGAUAAAUGCGUCACUAGCACGGCGGAAAUACCGAGAAAUCUGCCGGAAUUGAAAUGUUUUACGGAUUAUAUCCAAUCCUUAGGGGUAUGGCCAGAAACUCAUGUGAUAGUCUAUACCCAAAGAAGCAUUGCCCAAGCCUUUAGAGCGUGGUGGACUUUCCGGCUGUUUGGACACAAGAAAGUAUCUGUUCUGGACGGUGGUUACCAAAAGUGGAUAGCUGAUGGAUACAAUACUACAGCAAACAUCCCUCGUGUAGAACGUUCAAAUUUCAAGACAGAGUUGGACCUAUCUCUUAUACGGACAUAUGAAGACAUGGUUGCAAAUGUUGCUUCAAAGAACGAACAGCCCAUUGAUGCAAGGUCACCAUCUUCCGUAUCUGGAAAUAGACGUGGCAGCGGUAUUAUUCCGGGGGCCAAGAUCGUUUACUUUGCAACAUUGAUUAAUGGAGAUGGCACAAUGAAAAAUAAGACAGAAAUAAAAACGAUUUUUGAGGACAGAGGUGUAAAUCUCACUUCACCAAUGGUAACCUACUGUAACAGCGGGAUGACGGCGACCAUUGUCGCCGGGGCGGCUCAUAUCCUUGGUCUAGACAUACCUGUAUAUUACGGCUCUUGGAAUGAGUGGAGACAAAGGGCUCCGGAUCAUCUUAUCCAGCAUGUAACUGUGUAGAAUCAGUGGAUUAUAUCGACAUAUUUCUGUAACAAUAAACGAAUGUUGUGUGUUAAAUACAGUGCAUCUGUUUUCCAAACUUUCAGUUGUUCAUCUAGCUUUGCUGUUAGAUAGCUACACAAAACAAAUACAUCACUUUUUCAUAUGAGACCUUCUCGAUUAUAUCGCAUGGUCUCAGGUCUAAUCAUGAUUUUUUGUUUGAUAAAAUUUUUCCAAAAGUUUGCAAAACUAUAUUUAAAUACUGUCAUCUUGGAAAUAACUUCACACGAGAACCGGCUACUAUUAAGACAAUGCGACAUUUAAACGACCGCUACACACCGCUUAUCUUCGCCCAACAUCCUAGACCCAUGACACUAGAUAAACUUUUCUUCAAUCUUCAGAAACUGUUCAUCAAACUAUACGCUG